AGCGAUUAGAAGGAAGAAUGAUAGAGGAAGGUCCACCGGCUCCGAAGGUUCUCCGUAUGGUCUACUUCGUCGGCGCCGGAUUUUUAUGCACUUUCGCGAUCAACAAAUGGCGUGAAAUGGAGAAAAAAUCAAAUCUGAAACAGCAGGAGAAGAAUCAGCAAGCAGAUGGAGGAGGUUUAUUGCAUCAAAUUCCUGCAGAUUCGGUUCAGAAAGCAAUGAAAUGAUGAUUUAUUUUCUCUUUUCUGUAUUAUCUGUAUUUUUUUUUUUGAUCCAGAUGCAAAAGAUAUGGCAACUCUAAGUACUAUCUUGAUGUUGAAUUUUUAUUUUCCCUCAAAUUUUGCUUGCAUUUCCUUAAAUCAUCUGCAAUUGUGAUAUUUGAAAACAAUGGUUUGCAAAGACUAUUGCUUUGAGAGCUAAUUUUGAUUUUUUACACGACU